AUGCAUGAAUACCGCUGGCCAGCCUUGGACCUGGGCGAAAUCCGCCUUCUCAACUUGUACGCGGGUGAUUCCCACGAAGAGUUGGUGGGGAAUUUGAAGGUCAUCAAACUAAUGUCGGAUGACGUGCACCAUUACGAUACGCUGUCCUAUACCUGGGGUGACCAUGACCCAACCGAGCUCAUCAAAAUCAUCCAAGACAAUCAGCAAUAUUACAUUCGAAUCCGUCCUAACCUCCACUCGGCUCUGCAACACUUACGAUCCCACCGGGAGAAUAGAUACUUGUGGGUAGACGCGGUCUGCAUUAAUCAGAGUGAUGAAGAAGAGAAAAGCGGCCAAGUGCGGAUGAUGUUUGACAUUUUCAACAAUUCAACCAGCGUGUGUGUUUGGGUUGGGCCGGAGGGGGAUGACAGUAGAAUGGCAAUAGACUUUAUUAAGACACAUCUGGUUUGCGAGAACGCAGACCAACUAUUCGAGGACCCUAAGUACAGAUAUGAAUGGCUAGCCUUGGCCAAGUUGAUGAGGCGACCAUGGUUCCGGCGAAGGUGGAUUAUUCAAGAGAUUGCAUUGGCCAAGAAUGCUACUCUACACUGCGGAGGGAGUUGGCUGUAUUGGGAUGAUUUUGCUGACGCCGUCAUGCUUUUCGCAUGGGGACACAAUAUGAUUCGCAGCUCAUGGGAUUGGCAUCACAAUUUAUUGGGAGAUAUCAGAGAAUCAGCCGCAACUCGUCUUGUCCAAUCACGAGACAAGAUCUUCCGGAAGUCAGAGGAUGGUCAAAUUCUAGACAAAAUGAUGUCUCUAGAGGCACUUCUAUGCAGCUUUUCGGCAUUCGAUGCUUCAAACCCUCAAGACACCAUAUACGCAAUACUCGCUAUUGCACAAGACGCGAAACCGGGAUUUUCAGGAUCGAUUACGAUCGCAGAAAGCGAGGCGGGGGGUUUCCAGGACCCAGAGUUUAACGCCGAGAUCUUCGAGCCUCCAGGAUCCUAUUAUCCAACGCCAGAGAGUGAGUCAGGGGUUUCUUUGCAAUCGAUGUCCUUGAAAAAAAGGGCGUACCUAAAUAUUCCAACUGACAAAGAGGACGAACAUAAUGAGAGACAACAUAAGCGAGUUCAAACCAAUGGAUUUAGUAAUACGUUAAACCCAGAGGAACCACGACCAGCAGCGACUCCAGAUAUUCGAGUAUUUACUACCAACAACGAUGUUGAUCACCCACCUCCCCGUGUUACUACUGAUGGAGAUAGAGAGAAUUUUCCGGUUGCACCUACAGGUUCUGUUUCCCCAAUCUCUCAAGGGGACGAGGAUACAUUAUCUCCAUACCAAGGGAAGAUUCACGCUGAUGCACCAAAUACUAUUAAUCGUCGAGCCUCCCUUGACACUCGAAUGAUCGGUCGACUCCAAGUUCCGCAUCGUGGCAGAGGGAACUCCUCUGCAUCUUUAUCUAGUAAUCAGACCGAAAAAUAUCUCAAACAGUCGGAAGAUGAACGAAAGAGGCAAGCAGAACCAUGUCAAAUUCCUGUUGACUACAGUAAGCCAGUGCAGGAAGUCUGUAAAGAUGUGAUGAAGUACGCAUUCGAGAAAACAAAGUCGCUCAACAUGAUUUGCCGACCAUGGGCACCAAAAGCCGAUGAUUUACCUUCCUGGAUAAUGCCUGUCACCAAAAGUGCCUUUGGGUUAGCAUACAAUGGGACAUACACACGCAUCAAUGCCGAUCCAUUGGUGGGACAACCUGGCUACAAACUUUUCUACAACGCGACUCCGAAUUUAUUCGGCCGGUGGAAUAUUGAUCGAGGUGGUAAAGAUAUCUUGACCGUGCACGGAUUCGUGUUGGAUGAAAUCCGACAGAAAGCUCCUCCAGCCAAUGCCGGCGUUAUACCGAUCGAGUGGAAUGAACUGGCCAGGUGGGAAGAUACCAGCGAAUUACCCCCUGAAUCUUUUUGGAGGACUCUCGUGGGUAACCGAGAUCAGGAUGGUCAACAACCACUCAAAAUUUGGAGACGAGCUUGUAAAAUUGCAUUUAGCAUGAAGCCUCAAGGCGGACCGCUCAACAUCGAAAAGAUAUUGGAGGUAGCUUCCCCCCUUGUCAAGGAGUAUCUGGAAAUGGUUCUUUGUGCUACGUAUUCUCGAAGACUCUCCAUCAGUUCAAGGGGUCUAUGGGCACUUGUACCUGCGAAGAGUAAAAAGGGAGACAAGCUGUGUAUCAUCAAUGGCUGCUCAGUUCCCAUCGUGCUACGAGCCCAUGAGGCAGGAUGUAAUUUUCAAGGAGAGUGCAACUGCAGAAAGAACAAUAAUAGUGAGGAGAGGAUUUAUGAAAUGAUUGGCGAAUCUUAUAUCCACAGUAUGAUGGAUGGGGAGGCUUUACUUUAUCAACAAAAGAAUGGUAUCAAGGAGCGCGCAUUUAAGAUCAGAUAA